AUGUCAGGUCGAAACAUCUCCUACGGUCGUGGAGGCGCCGGCAACAUCGCCAGCAUCACCCGUCAGCAUUCCGCCACUACACCCACCGAUCUCAUCACCCCAACAAUCAAACAGGACGUCUAUACGACCGGUCGCGGAGGCCAAGGCAACAUGGUUCACAACGACCCCGAGCGACCAGAGAUUGCGCGCGAGCGUCAGGACGUCGCCUCCCCGCCGAUGCGGGCAGAGCAGUACCCCCACCAUACCGGACGAGGUGGCGCUGCGAAUGCCUACAUCCCCACGGCCGAGGAGGAAGAGAGAGCUCGACAGCAGGCUCAGGCACAGGGCGCAGAGCUGAUGCGAGUGCACACCCAGUCUCAGGAUCGCAAUCGGGAGACUGAACACGAGCGACAGGACGUACGCAAUCAGCAGUAG